GGUGGCAGAUCGAGCCUUUAGAUUAUCUCCUUCACGUUUGGUACUUAGCUGUCUCUAAUCUGCUUUUAUUUGCCAGAAGCCCCCCUCCCACCAGUUUGUGCGGGUGGUGGCGGCGGCGAGGAGACACAAGAAGCGGGGUGGUGGGGAAGAGGAGAAUAUAUAUGCCCCCCCCCAUAUUUUUGGCUGCCGCCGCUUCUAUACAUGAUAAUAUGUUUAUAUGAUUAGCCGAGCCCAGGGGUGGGGAGAAGAGAGAGAAAGAGAGAGAGGGGGUGGAGAUUGGAGGAAGAGGUGGAGGCUGGAGGUGGCUCCAGUUCAGAGCUAGUGGAGAGUCCGUGUCAGGACUUCGCAAUCCCCAGUCACACACUGAGAGAGAGGUGCAUGGACGAAAGGGAGCUGGCAAUACAAUUCACUGGGAUUUUUCUCUCUCUUUUUUCUUUUAAGGGCGAUUUCACUCGCCCCCGCCCUCCUUUCCCUCUCUGUCUCUCUUCCUUUCUCUCCCCAUUGCUUUGAGCGCGACCAGCUUUGCUCUUGAUCUCCGUUCACGGGGCAGCAGCGGCAGCAGCAGCAGCAGCGUCGAGGAGAAAGGAGAAGCAAGGAGGAGAAAAAAAAGCGAAGCUUGAAGAAGGGCUGGAACUGGAUCCUGCCAGAGGCCAAGAUGCCAUCCAGGGAGAUGUAAAUGAGGCCGACGAGGACGACGGAGAAAAAGGGGGCUUUUCUUUCCGAUUUCCCCCUCUCUCGCGCGUGUGCCCGUGCUUUGCGAUCGCAGCGCCUUCUCCCCACUUCGCCUCGCCGCCGAACAAUUGAGUUGAUUCCGGCUGCUCCUGUUGGCGUCGCCUUCUUUUCCCCCUUAUCCAUUCCAGUCGCCUAGAGAAAAGAGAGAGGACUCCAGGGUUGGUCACAUUCAAGACGGUGUUGCACCUAGCGCUCUUUUGUUGUGGUGCUUUCAGAUCGACCAAAAUAAUUGUUUCGAUUUUCCUUUUGUUUUACCUCCUUCCUUCCUCGCUCUCCUCUCCUCCCCCCCCCAAACAUUUAUUUAAAGGAGUGCGUGCGUGUUUUUGGGAAGGAGCCGCGCGCGUCGGGACCUGGAGUGUGUGUGGGGAAAUGUUGACUUAACCUCUCGCCGAGCCCCUUCGGCUGGCUGGGCUCUUUUUUUGCUUGGACGGAAGGGAGACGAGCAGCCUCCUGGUGUGCGUUUUGUCCCAGCCCAGCGAGCUGCAAAGCCAGCUGCCUUCCUCGCCUUUCUGCGCUUCUUCUACCUAGCCCAGUUCUUUUUCGUUGACUUGCCCGGCGAUCCUCCACCUCCUUCCCCUUCUGGCUUUUGUGUUUGCUGGCGCUCCCCGGGCCAAAACAUCGCCUUUAAACAACAAACAGCAACCGCCACCUUGUGAUCAGAAAGGGGCUCACCCUGUACCCCCUUUCCCGGGGCACCCCAGAUGCAAGAGGAAGCCCGGCCUGGCUUUGGCUGCAAACCCAAAGUUAUGAAGAUCAAUGAUGUAGACCACCCACUCGAAUGACGCUGGACAUUUAUAACUGGAAUCUUUAAGGAAUAAAAAGAAGAAAUAAGUCGAGAAAGGGGGGUCAAUAAUGGUGGCUUCUGAUUGCAGAAUGAAAAGGUUUUGGCUACUUCUGAUAGUCAGCUUCCUCCAGUGUACAGAAGGUUUCAGUCGAGCAGCAUUGCCAUUUGGUUUAGUAAGGAGAGAACUGUCCUGCGAGGGCUACUCCAUCGAUCUUCGGUGUCCAGGAAGUGAUGUCAUUAUGAUAGAGAGUGCUAAUUAUGGACGGACAGACGACAAGAUUUGCGACGCUGACCCUUUCCAGAUGGAGAACACAGAAUGUUUCCUCCCUGAUGCCUACAAGAUUAUGACACAAAGGUGCAACAACAGAACCCAGUGUAUAGUAGUUACCGGGUCAGAUGUGUUUCCUGAUCCUUGUCCUGGAACAUACAAAUACCUCGAAGUACAAUAUGAAUGUGUCCCUUACAUUUUUGUUUGCCCUGGGACAUUGAAAGCCGUUGUGGAUUCCCCAAAUUUAUAUGAAGCGGAACAAAAGGCAGGUGCCUGGUGCAAGGACCCUCUUCAGGCUGCGGAUAAAAUAUACUUCAUGCCGUGGACUCCAUACCGUACCGAUACUUUGAUAGAAUAUGCUUCUUUAGAGGACUUCCAAAAUGGACGCCAGCAGACGACAUACAAGCUUCCAAACCGAGUGGAUGGUACUGGAUUUGUGGUAUAUGACGGCGCUGUCUUUUUUAACAAGGAAAGAACUAGGAACAUUGUAAAGUUCGAUUUGAGGACUAGAAUUAAGAGUGGAGAGGCGAUUAUAAAUUAUGCCAACUACCACGACACUUCCCCUUACAGGUGGGGAGGGAAGACUGACAUUGAUUUGGCAGUUGAUGAAAAUGGCCUGUGGGUCAUUUACGCCACGGAACAAAACAAUGGGAUGAUAGUUAUUAGCCAACUGAAUCCUUACACUCUGCGUUUCGAGGCAACGUGGGAAACUACGUAUGACAAACGGGCAGCAUCUAACGCCUUCAUGAUAUGUGGGGUUCUCUACGUUGUGCGGUCCGUAUACCAAGACAAUGAAAGUGAAACUGGCAAGAACUCAAUUGAUUAUAUCUACAACACUCGGUUAUUCAGAGGAGAAUAUGUAGAUAUCCCUUUCCCCAACAUGUACCAUUACAUUGCUGCUGUGGAUUACAAUCCAAGAGACAAUCAACUGUAUGUGUGGAACAACAACUUCAUCCUACGAUACUCUCUAGAGUUUGGUCCCCCUGACCCCGCUCAAGUGCCUACCACAGCCGAGACCAUAACUCCUUCCACAGAGCUGUACAAGACAACUGUGUCAACUACAAGCACCACACCACAGAAAAUUCCAAUUAGCACAACAUUACCUGGGGGGAAGGGGGAUGAAAGCAAAGGCCCCAAGCCACCGCCAGCAGUAUCGACGACCAAAAUUCCUCCUGUUACAAGCUUUUUCCCUUUGCCAGAGAGGUUCUGUGAACUUGAGGUGAAAAGGGAUAUAACUUGGCCUCAGACUCCAAGAGGAAACAUGGUGGAACGCCCCUGUCCCAAAGGAACUCGUGGAACAGCGUCAUACCUCUGCAUGGUUUCCACUGGAAAAUGGAACCCGAAUGGUCCUGAUCUUAGCAAUUGUACUUCACACUGGGUAAACCAGCUGGCUCAGAAGAUCAGAAGUGGGGAAAAUGCUGCUAGCCUUGCCAAUGAACUGGCUAAACAUACCAAAGGACAAAUCUAUGCUGGUGAUGUGAGUUCUUCAGUCAGACUGAUGGAACAGUUGGUGGAUAUUCUUGAUGCUCAGCUGCAAGAGAUGAAGCCUAACGAGAAGGACUCUGCUGGACGGAGUUAUAACAAGCUCCAAAAGCGAGAGAAGACAUGCAGGUCUUACCUUAAGGCUAUUGUUGACACGGUGGACAACCUGCUUAGGACCCAAGCGCUAGACUCCUGGAGAGAUAUGAAUUCCUCUGAACGAGCACAUGCUGCAACCAUGUUACUUGAUACCCUAGAAGAAGGGGCCUUUGUCUUGGCUGACAACCUCUUAGAACCAACAAGGGUCGCAAUGCCUACAGAUCACAUCGUCUUGGAAGUUGCAGUGCUCAGUACGGAAGGGCAGGUGCAGGACUUGAAAUUCCCCCAGGGCAACGCAGGAGGCAAUUCUAUCCAGCUCUCUUCGAACACUGUGAAGCAGAACAGCAGAAGCGGGUUAGCAAAGCUGGUUUUCAUAAUUUACAAAAGCUUGGGCCAGUUCCUCAGUACGGAAAAUGCAACCAUCAAACUGGGAGGAGAGUUUGCUGGCAGGAACAGCACCAUCGCUGUGAACUCUGACGUCAUUGCAGCCUCCAUCAACAAGGAGUCCAGUCGUGUGUACUUGACAGACCCUGUUCUUUUCACCCUGGCACACAUUGAUACCAAGAAUUAUUUCAAUGCAAACUGUUCCUUCUGGAACUACUCGGAACGGACUAUGAUGGGCUAUUGGUCAACUCAAGGAUGCAAGCUGAUCGACACAAAUAAAACGCAUACCACAUGUGCAUGUAGCCACCUAACCAAUUUUGCAAUCCUCAUGGCACAUAGGGGAAUUGCGUACAAUGGAAUGCAUGGUUUACUCCUCACUGUCAUCACCUGGGUGGGGAUUGUCAUUUCCCUUGUCUGCCUGGCAAUUUGCAUCUUCACUUUCUGUUUCUUCCGUGGCCUUCAAAGUGACCGAAACACAAUUCACAAGAACCUUUGCAUCAACCUCCUCAUUGCAGAAUUUAUUUUCCUAAUAGGCAUCGAUAAGACAGAGUACAAGAUUGCAUGCCCCAUAUUUGCAGGCCUCUUACACUUUUUCUUCCUGGCAGCCUUUGCCUGGAUGUGCCUAGAAGGGGUGCAGCUCUAUCUCAUGUUAGUAGAAGUAUUUGAAAGUGAAUAUUCUAGGAAGAAGUACUACUAUGUUGCUGGCUACCUCUUCCCUGCCACUGUUGUUGGUGUCUCGGCAGCUAUCGACUACUCCAGCUAUGGAGCGCAAAAUGCCUGCUGGCUCAAGGUUGACAACUAUUUUAUCUGGAGUUUCAUUGGGCCCGUUACCUUCAUUAUUCUGCUGAAUAUUAUCUUCCUGGUGAUCACACUGUACAAAAUGGUGAAGCACUCAAACACUUUGAAACCAGACUCUAGCAGGUUGGAAAACAUUAAGUCUUGGGCCCUGGGUGCAUUUGCCCUCCUGUGUCUUCUGGGCCUAACAUGGUCUUUUGGACUGCUUUAUGUCAACGAUGAGACCAUUGUGAUGGCAUACCUCUUCACAGUAUUUAAUUCUUUCCAAGGAAUGUUUAUUUUCAUCUUUCAUUGUGCACUCCAAAAGAAAGUACGUAAGGAGUAUGGCAAGUGCUUCAGACAUUCGUAUUGCUGUGGAGGAUUGCCAACAGAGAGCCCACACAGUUCAGUAAAGGCAUCGACUACAAGAACUAGUGCUCGCUAUUCCUCUGGCACUCAGAGCCGAAUAAGGAGGAUGUGGAAUGACACUGUGAGAAAACAAUCUGAAUCAUCCUUUAUCUCAGGUGAUAUCAAUAGCACUUCAACACUUAAUCAAGGAAUGACUGGCAAUUACCUACUAACAAACCCUCUUCUUCGACCACACGGCACUAACAAUCCUUAUAACACAUUGCUCGCUGAAACCGUUGUAUGUAAUGCCCCUUCAGCUCCUGUGUUUAACUCACCAGGACAUUCACUGAACAAUGCCAGGGAUACAAGUGCCAUGGAUACUCUACCGCUAAAUGGUAAUUUCAACAACAGCUACUCUUUACGCAACGGAGACUAUAAUGACGGCGUGCAAGUUGUAGACUGUGGGCUAAGCCUGAAUGACACCGCAUUCGAGAAAAUGAUCAUUUCGGAAUUAGUACACAACAACCUGCGGGGCAGCAACAAGAACCACAAUCUAGAGCGCACAUUACCAAUUAAAGCUGUGAUCGGCGGGAGCAGUAGCGAAGACGACGCCAUUGUAGCAGAUGCUUCAUCUUUGAUGCACAGUGAUAACCCCGGGCUGGAGCUGCACCAAAAGGAACUCGAGGCGCCUCUGAUUCCCCAACGGACUCACUCCCUUCUGUACCAGCCACAGAAGAAAGUGAAGACGGAAGGGACAGACAGCUACGUGUCCCAGCUGACAGCCGAAGUUGAAGACCACCUCCAGUCCCCCAACAGAGACUCUCUUUACACAAGCAUGCCCAACCUCAGAGACUCUCCUUACCCGGAGAGCAGUCCCGACAUCGAGGAAGACCUCUCUCCUUCCAGGAGGAGUGAGAAUGAGGACAUUUACUACAAGAGCAUGCCAAACCUUGGAGCUGGCCAUCAGCUUCAGAUGUACUAUCAAAUCAGCAGGGGCAAUAGUGACGGCUAUAUAAUUCCCAUUAACAAGGAAGGAUGUAUUCCGGAAGGGGACGUUAGGGAAGGACAAAUGCAACUAGUGACAAGCCUUUAAUAGUGUAGCAAAGGAAUACUGAAGGCCACAUUGCAAGUAUUAAACAGACUUAAUUGGCCCCAUGCCGGCUCCCUCAUAUCUGCUCGAAGCGACAAUUUCUGUUGUCCCUGUGGUUUCUCCUGUGUAAAGGAGAUGACUGGACCUUGCAGUUCUGUGAAUUUUUAUAAAACAAAGCUUUGUAUAUACACAGAGUAUACUAAAAGAAUUAUUUGUUACAAACAGAAAAAAAGAGAUACCAUCAAGGUAUUUUAAGAUAUCUUGCUGCUGACGUAAAAGAGAUUGUGAAAUACACACACACACACACACCGUUCCAGCCAUUUUACUGCAGCAGUUUGUGAACUAAAUUUGUAAAUAUGGCUGCAUCAUUUUUUGUAGGCCUGCAUUGUAUUAUAUACAAGACGUAGGCGCUAAAAUCCUGUGGGACAAAUUUACUGUACCUUACUAUUCCUGACAAGACUUGCAAAAAGCAGGAGAGAGAUUCUGCAUCAGUUUGCGGUUCACUGCAAAUCUUUUCCAUAAAGGUAAAGAUUGAAAACCUGUCUAACCACUAGCAAUCAAGCCACAGGCCUUAUUUCAUAUAUUUCCUCAACUGUACAAUGAACUGUUCUCAUGAAAAAAAAAAUGGCUAAAGAAAUUAUAUUUUGUUCUAUUGCUAGGGUUAAAUAAAUAAAUAAAUACAUUUGUGUCCAAACAGAAAUAUAA